AUCUAUAAGGAUGGCUCACCGACUACGACGGCUGACAGACAAAGAGAUAGCCUGUGCACUGCAAGAUGAUUCUGCAAGUGAAGAUGGUCUCGACCUUGAUGACGAUAGUUUGGCUGACCCUGACUUUGACCCGGAUUUAGGAGAGUUGAAUGAAGAGUCUAUGGGAGUCGAAUUUGAUAUGGAUGAUUUAGUAGACUACAUAAACGAUGACGACUAUAACUCUAACCAUGAGGUAGAAGUAGAUCCGACAACGUCUAGUUCAGACAUUCCAGGUACUUCAGGUCCUCCCGCUAAACGGCGAAAGCCUGAAAAGCUUACAUUACUGUGA